AGCGGUAUUUUUACAUGUGUAUCUAUGGAGAGAACGGCCGUUCCGUCUAGGCCGUACGUGGGCAGCUAUGAAGACCUCCUUGUUACACACUAUUUAGAAGGUCUAUUUACGCAGAGAAAAAGACCUAUCCGGUCUCCGUACGCGCAGGCGGUAAGAAACGUGUCGUCUGCUGAUGAGAUUGGAUUUGGUUCUCGGAGAACACUGGAGAAGAAGAAUGGAAGACCGUCUAGCGCGCGCAUCCGGGCUGCUGCCAGCGUACAGCAACAGCAUUUGAGAUUUCGCUCAAGAAGUGCGUCCUUGUCAUCAAACUCAUCGCGUCCUUCCUGCCAGAGCACACCAACGAGAUCACAUCCCAACAGUCGUACCCCCGUCUACCUUCGACCACCACCAAUUGUGUGCAUCAAUGCACACAAGAAUGGAUCACACGACAUGCCAGUCAAAGUCACAUCACGAGCAAACAUGACACAAUUAUUGGAAGAGUGCACGAGUCGUCUGGGCCUCACGUUGAGUGCAAAGCGGUUGUUUCUAUCGGAUGGCACUGAAGUAAAGGAUGUAUAUGAUCUCAAGAAGGACGAGAAUGUUUAUGUGUCAUCUGGUCAGCCAUUCAGAGAUCCAUUGCAAGCAGGAAAAGGAUCCGUCCUCAUGAGAAAGUCCGUUGAAUGGACGUUAGACGGCGUUCAGCUGCCACCCAAUGACAAGAGAGGAAAGACAAAAUCGAGUCUCUCAUCAAGACUGAAGAGUUUGGUUGAAAGGAGGAAACCUCGUAUUUUAGUCUUUAGAAACGGCAUGACGACCGAGGGAGUGGAAAUACCACAAAUGAAUUCGGGAGAUUUUGUUGCGUCGUGCACUCAACGGUUGCAGCUUGAGAGUCGCAUUAAGUGUUUUUAUGAUUUGGAGUGUCGGAGAGUUUAUGAUCCUGUUGACAGGGAUAAAGAUUUCUAUUGCAUUGAUCAAUGUCUCCAAGGAGAUUUUGCAUAUUUGGGCCCUUUGUGGGCUGUCCAAGGAUGUGAACAAUUCAAAGUCAGCGGGGCACUUGAGUAUGUGACUCAUCUGGUUGCCGAGACGAAGACAGCUGUUAUGGAUAAGAAUAAAUACAUCAGCAAGCUAACUCAUCCUCUACCUGGUACAUCCGAAGCUGAAUUGACCACCAGCCAGGCAGCUGAUCGAGCCGAGAAGGCUCUGAGUCUGAUGGCCAAGAUGAAGGUGAUGAUCGAUGAUCUUGAGGAGAUAGCAGAAAAGCUGAGAAAGAAAUUGGUUGGAGAAACGGUGGAUGGUAAGGGUGCAAAACGGGCGGAUUUGGUGGGAUGUAAUGGCCUUCGUGUGAAGAUACACGAGAACGGAACACUAGACAACGGCGUAUUGAUCCUUUUCAAUCUACGAGAAGCAGAAAAGGGAAUCGGAAACGACAAAGAAAAGCUACGAUUGAGGUUUCUCGACGAAUGCUCGAUGAGAAAACAACUUAUGGCAUCAAGUGGGGCACUAACAUCAAUAGCCACAAAGAUAUUUAAUAAAGAUGGAGAAGAGAUCACUGAUGUGCAUCGUCUUGUAAGUGAACAGGAUGUUUGGUUGUCGUAUGGAGAGCCAUUCAAGCCACUAGAAGUGACGAUUCUUGAGCUGGAGCUGGAGCCAGUAAUCGGUGUAGAACACGAUGGUCGUUUGUUUAUUACAAAGAAGUCGGAAGACAUCAGUGACAUGAAAAUUGUUGCGUCUGACUGGGAUAUAGCGGUGGGUUAUCCGGCUUCUGCAGUAGUUCAUAAUACAUCUUCUGUUGUGUGGCAAGAUGAAGUGUUGUCUGUUGGUACUCAUGAGGGGCAGGUUUACUUGCAGCAAAUGUCAUCCCCAAAGUCAAUCAUUUCACCACAACUAGCCACAGGCAUAGAACCACAGAAGGGAUCAACACCAAUGCAACAUUGGAUACUUGACCAGACCGGACACAUCUGUAGUAAAGCCUUGCCUCAGUUGGCUCUGACAGUAUUGAGUGACGUUGCAGUGGAAACUCAGUCGAAGAGACAAGGUUUUGCAGUUGAUGUAUCAACAAGAUUGGACAUAUCACUCCAUCAGUCAUGGCAUUUCAACAACGACGGGAGCAUAUCAUCAGCUCUAGAUGAUCGCCUGGUCCUCACAUUUCUAGGCACUCAACCAGCCACUGCAAUCAACACCUCAAUUUCUCACCCACCUAACACCUCAUCUCAUUCAAUUGAACAAAAUUCAAACAAAGAGACAGUCAUUGAUAUCAAUGAGCUUUCACAACGAGAACCAAAUGACGAGAGCCGUUCAAGUCGACCAUCUCAACCACCAGGCUGUUCCUCGUAUGUUCUAGCCGUUCUGGAGAGGGUAAACAAAAUGAGGCUGUGGUCAGCACAGAGGUGGGCAUUCAAGCAGAAAACUGCGUUUCUUAUUGGCCAGCAACGUGAGAGCAAAGUGGUUAGCCCUGAGUGGCAUGUGAAGGGCUUGCUGUGGCCGAGCAAUGAGAAUGGAUCAUGGAAUGAUGAAUUGGUGUGGCCUGUUGAUGGUCUGCUGCUGCCUCAUGUUCCACCAAUCAUGUGGCCACGUGAUACUAAAGGGGCAUUACGGAGAUUCUCUGUACAGAAGAACGGAGAAAAAUCACAAUUAGCAGUGGAUGUGCUUGAGCCAGAGGUCAUGACAGCCAGGAGAAAGAUUGAACGACAGUCUCGUCUGCCUCCCGGUACAAAGAAGUGGUUACAACGAAGAAAGGAACAAAAAAAAGCUCUGUCAACACACUCGUCACCAACUGAAGAAAUCGAUACACAAGACGUUCACACUAUGCAGUUUCAUGCAUUUCUAGAUCGAUGUACAGUGGCUUUGUCACUGCCAUUUGCUGCAAGACGACUAUUUGACAGAAAUGGCAAAGAGGUGAAAGUGUUGAGUCAUAUCGAAAACAACCAACUUUUGUAUGCGUCAUGUGGAGAGGCAUGGCUUGAUCCGACAUCUGAUUCGUCACGAAUGCAGGAGAGUGAUGAUGCACCUCGGCGUGUGUCGCUUCCAGAUCGAAUGGUUGGCGGUGGGAAUGCAUGGACUUCAAGCAGUGAGAGUGAAAAGAUACUGAAAGAUGUUGUACUGGAAGUUGUUGGCAGCAUUGCUGCUGGAGAUCGAGUGAGCGUCGGAGGCUGUCAAAUGGACAAGAAACAACGUGCAGCUCUAAUUAGACAUGUCAAUGAAACCAGACUUCAACUUAGCGGACACGACACAACAGAAGCAUCAGACGUUGAUGUCGGAGAUCAAAUGUCACACUGCAUGGCUCAUCACCGAGCUGAUGAGAAGAUGCGAGAGAGACUACGAUCUACGCGUCCGUGGGAAUUGGACGAUUACCAGGGAAUGGAUGGAACGGGACCACUCAUGCCUCGAGGUGUAGACAACACACAAGCUACACAGAUGACAAACCUCAAUGAAGGCUCGACCGUUUUGAAGACGAAGAAAAUGCCGAGGCGGAUUCCAUCACAGCAGUGGCGAUACACUGAUGGUUACUUUGAGCUCCAGCAUGCUGACGGCUUAGUGUUGGGAAUAAAAGCAAAAACAAACGAGAGCUCUGAGAUGGAAGGAGACUCGAUCAAAAAAAUUGAUAGUAACGUUGUCUGUCUUUGUCAGAAAGAGACCAACAAUCGUUACCAACAAUGGAUGUUAGAUGAAGAUGGGUUUAUUCACACUGUUGCCGAUUCGAAGCUCGUUCUUUCUCUACGAUCACGAAUGGUGCUUCGAUCGUUUAGUGGUUCCACGACUGCUGGAUUGCAGUAUCUUCUUUCUAAUCCGUUUGGAACUGAACUGGUAGUUUGUGAACGACUUUCCAAUCCAACUUCUCUACAACAGUGGCAGCAAUGGCGGUACGAUGAUCAAACAGGAUUUAUAUUUCUGUUGACAGGCAAUCGUAAAGAGGACACUCCAGACUCGGGUAAGAAAAGUGUGAAGCAAGUUUUGAGCACCAUCUCCACAUCAGGUGUUUAUAAACAGCCAACUGCGUAUCGAAUCAGAGCGUUUGUAAACGGAGAGAGCGAGAAGACGGCAGUAACAGUGACCGCAUCCGACAUCAAUGAAUUGUUAGACUUGUGUACUGUUCGAUUGGGUCUGACAAGCGCUGCACGUCGCUUAUACAGCCUAGAUGGAUAUUGUGUUGAUAGUCUUGAUGGCUUGCAACGUGAUCAACUUGUGGCAGUUUCAUGCGGUGAGACAUUCGUAGAAGCUGAAGAAAAGAAGCGUCAGGUUGCAGUGAAGGCUCUCUGGGCGAGAUCACAUAGUUUAUCUUCACCACCAGUACCACCUGCAACACAGCGGUAGUGAGGUGACAGACUCGUAAACGUUGGAAUAAUAACAAUAGUAACAACACAUCUUGUACUGUACAUACGCUACAUACGCGUGGAAAUAUAAUAAAUUCAAACGCGGAGAGAUGAGAGUUAC